ACCAGUUAGGGCUGUAUUAGCUUUUUAAUGCCUCCACAUUUGUGCUAUUUUGACAAUUGUGCUAUUUAUCACAUUUAGUAUUUAUAUUAAAUGAUUGUAACUUUAAAUUACCUAAGUAUCUCUCAGGACACUUUUUUCUUGCUCAAUAAAAGUGAUAAUCAUCUCAAUUUACUUACCAGUCCAUUCACCUGAUUUGAAGAUAUAUAUUUUCAUUCUGUUUUGUCUGAAUUAUUCUUUCUGUCAUACUGGAAUUUUGGAACAUUUUUGCAAUUUACACUUAAGAAGGCUAGUUUAAAAAAUCAGUGGAAAUUUCCAGCUUAAAAAAAAUCCAACUACUGGUCUAAUAACUGCUUUGCAGGAAGAAAGAAAUAUGAAAAAGAACCGCAGACAUUCUGGAUGUCAGCCUGUGAAAUUUUCCACUAUUUCCCAUAAUAACAUGCAGGCAUGCUUAUUCUGCCGGGUGCAGUGCAACUGCAGUUGGAGUCAGAGUGGAAUUUGAAGCUACCCUAUCAAUGAUAAAAUGGCAGCUGGCUAACUUUUAGUGAGCAGUUCGCACAUUUAAGGAUCAAAAUACUUGCUGAACAGCGGAAUCAGAGACCAAUAAAAAUAAACUUCUACUUGAACAUCAUUUGACUGGUUAGCCAGUUGCUGAUGUAUAUUCACGAUGAGUGGAUUAGGAGAAAACUCCUUGGAUCCACUGGUCCCUGAUUCACGAAAGCGCAAAUUGCCAUGUGAUACCCCAGGACAAGGUCUUACCUGCAGUGGUGAAAAGUGGAGACGGGAGCAGGAGAGUAAAUACAUUGAAGAAUUGGCUGAACUGAUAUCUGCUAAUCUUAGUGAUAUUGACAAUUUCAACGUCAAACCAGAUAAAUGUGCAAUUUUGAAGGAAACAGUAAGACAGAUACGCCAAAUAAAAGAGCAAGGAAAAGCUAUUUCUAAUGAUGAUGAUGUUCAGAAAGCUGAUGUAUCUUCUACAGGACAGGGGGUUAUUGAUAAAGACUCCUUAGGACCACUUUUACUUCAGGCAUUGGAUGGUUUCCUGUUUGUGGUGAAUCGUGAUGGAAACAUUGUAUUUGUGUCAGAAAAUGUCACACAAUAUCUGCAAUAUAAGCAAGAGGACCUGGUUAACACAAGUGUCUAUAAUAUCUUGCAUGAAGAAGAUAGAAAGGAUUUCCUUAAAAACUUACCAAAAUCUACAGUUAAUGGAGUUACCUGGACAAAUGAGACCCAGAGACAAAAAAGCCAUACAUUUAAUUGCCGUAUGUUGAUGAAAACACCACAUGAUACUGUGGAAGACAUGAACACUAGUCCUGAAAUGCGCCAGAGAUAUGAAACCAUGCAGUGCUUUGCCCUGUCUCAGCCACGAGCUAUGAUGGAGGAAGGGGAAGAUUUGCAAUCCUGUAUGAUCUGUGUGGCACGCCGCAUUACUACAGGAGAAAGAGCAUUUCCAUCAAACCCUGAGAGCUUUAUUACUAGACAUGAUCUUUCAGGAAAACUUGUCAAUAUAGAUACAAAUUCACUGAGAUCCUCUAUGAGACCUGGCUUUGAAGAUAUAAUUCGAAGGUGUAUCCAGAGAUUUUUUAGUCUUAAUGAUGGGCAGUCAUGGUCUCAGAAACGUCACUAUCAAGAAGCUUAUAUUCAUGGCCAUGCAGAAACUCCAGUGUAUCGAUUCUCUUUGGCCGAUGGAACUAUAGUGACUGCGCAAACAAAAAGCAAACUCUUCCGAAAUCCUGUAACAAAUGAUCGUCAUGGUUUUGUCUCAACCCACUUUCUUCAGAGGGAACAGAAUGGGUAUAGACAGAACCCAAAUCCUGUUGGACAAGGCAUUAGACCUCCAGCGGCUGGAUGUAAUUCGGUAGGUGGCAUGAGCAUGUCACCAAACCAAGGCUUACAGAUGCUGAACAGCAGGGCCUAUGGCUUGGCUGACCCUGGCACCACAGGGCAAAUGAGUGGAGCUAGGUAUGGGGCUUCCAGUAACAUAGCCACAAUGAACCCUGGGCCAGCCAUGCAGUCACCAUCUUCCUACCAGAACAACAACUAUGGUCUCAACAUGAGUAGCCCCCCACAUGGGAGUCCUGGUCUUGGCUCCAACCAGCAGAAUAUCAUGAUUUCUCCUCGUAACCGCGGGAGUCCGAAGAUGGCCUCACAUCAGUUUUCUCCUGUUGCAGGUGUGCACUCUCCUAUUGGAUCUUCGGGCAAUACUGGGAGCCACAGCUUUUCCAGCAGCUCGCUCAGUGCCCUUCAAGCUAUCAGUGAGGGUGUGGGGACGUCUCUUUUAUCUACUUUGUCUUCACCAGGCCCUAAAUUGGACAACUCUCCCAAUAUGAAUAUAACUCAACCAAGUAAAGUGAACAGUCAGGAUUCAAAAAGUCCCUUAAGCUUGUAUUGUGACCAGAAUCCAGUGGAGAGUUCAAUGUGUCAGUCAAAUAGCAGGGAUCACCUCAAUGACAAAGACAGUAAGGAGAGCAGUGUUGAAGGAUCAGAGAAUCAGCGGGGUCCUCUGGAAAGCAAAGGUCAUAAAAAAUUACUGCAGUUACUUACCUGUUCUUCUGAUGACCGGGGUCAUUCCUCUUUGACCAACUCCCCCCUGGAUUCAAGUUGUAAAGACUCUUCCAUUAGUGUCACCAGCCCCUCUGGGGUCUCCUCUUCAACUUCUGGAGGAGUGUCCUCCACAUCCAAUAUGCAUGGGUCACUGCUGCAAGAGAAGCACCGGAUUUUGCACAAGUUGCUGCAGAAUGGCAAUUCACCAGCUGAAGUGGCCAAGAUUACCGCAGAAGCCACUGGAAAAGACACUAGCAGUGCAACAUUCUGUGUGGAAGGAAACGUCAAGCAGGAGCAACUAAGUCCUAAGAAGAAGGAAAAUAAUGCCCUGCUCAGAUACCUGCUAGACAGGGACGAUCCUAGUGACACACUCUCUAAAGAAGUACAGCCCAAAGUGGAGGGAGUAGACAACAAAAUGAGUCAGUGCAGCAGCUCCACCGUGCCUAGCUCGAGCCAAGAGAAAGACGCUAAAAUUAAAACAGAAGCAAAUGAAGAGGGAUCUGGAGAUUUGGAUAAUCUAGAUGCUAUUCUUGGGGAUCUGACUAGUUCUGACUUUUACAAUAAUUCCGUAUCCACAAAUGGUAGUAAUCUGGGAACCAAGCAACAAAUGUUUCAAGGAACUAAUUCUCUGGGUUUGAGGAGUCCACAGUCUGUUCAGUCCAUUCGUCCUCCAUACAACCGAGCAGUGUCUCUAGAUAGCCCUGUUUCUGUUGGCUCAAGUCCUCCAGUAAAGAAUAUCACUGCUUUCCCCAUGUUACCAAAGCAACCCGUGUUGGGUGGGAAUCCAAGAAUGAUGGAUAGUCAGGAAAAUUAUGGUUCAAAUAUGGGUGGGCCAAACCGAAACGUGACUAUGAAUCAGACGCCUUCCUCUGGAGACUGGGGCUUGUCAAACUCAAAGGCCAGUAGGAUGGAAUCCAUGAGUUCAAAUUCCAUGGGAAGACCAGGAGCAGAUUUUAAUGCUUCUUUUCCCAGACCUACAAUGGGUGGCUCGAUGCCCACCUUGCCUCUUCGGUCCAAUAGCAUUCCUGGUGCAAGACCAAUGUUGCAGCAGCAGCAGCAGCAGCAACAGCAGCAACAGCAGCAGCAGCAGCAACAGCAACAUCAGCAGCAACAUCAGCAGCAACAGCAACAUCAGCAGAUGCUUCAAAUGCGGCCUGGUGAAAUUCCCAUGGGAAUAGGGGUCAGUCCUUAUGGCCCAGCAGCACCAUCUAACCAAUCAGGUUCCUGGCCAGAUGGCAUGUUGUCCAUGGAACAAGGCCCUCAUGGGACUCAAAAUAGGCCACUCUUCAGGAGUUCUCUGGAUGAUCUUCUUGGGCCGCCUUCUAACGUAGAAGGACAGAAUGAUGAAAGAGCGUUGUUGGACCAACUGCACACUCUCUUAAGCAACACUGAUGCCACAGGCUUAGAAGAAAUUGACAGAGCUCUGGGCAUCCCUGAACUUGUAAAUCAAGGACAAGCUUUGGAGCCCAAACAGGAUGUUUUCCAAGGCCAAGAAGCAACAGUAAUGAUGGAUCAGAAGGCAGCAUUAUAUGGGCAGAUGUAUCCAGCACAGGGGCCUCCAAUGCAAGGAGGCUUUAAUCUUCAGGGACAAUCACCAUCUUUUAACUCUAUGAUGAGUCAGAUGAACCAGCAAGGCAAUUUUCCUCUCCAGGGAAUGCAUCCUAGGGCCAACCUCAUGAGACCUCGGACCAACACCCCCAAGCAACUUAGAAUGCAGCUUCAGCAGAGGCUACAGGGCCAACAGUUUUUGAAUCAGAGCCGGCAGGCACUGGAAAUGAAAAUGGAAAACCCCACUGCUGGUGGAGCGGCAAUGAUGAGGCCCAUGAUGCAGCCCCAGGUGAACUCCCAGCAGGGGUUUCUUAAUGCCCAGAUGGUUGCCCAGCGCAGCAGGGAGCUGCUAAGUCAUCACUUCCGACAGCAGAGGGUGGCGGCGAUGAUGAUGCAGCAGCAGCAGCAGCAGCAGCAGCAGCAGCAGCAGACCCAGGCCUUCAGCCCACCCCCUAACGUGACCGCCUCCCCCAGCAUGGAUGGGGUUUUGGCAGGGCCUGCCAUGCCACAGGCUCCACCCCAACAGUUUCCAUAUCAACCAAAUUAUGGGAUGGGGCAACAACCAGAUCCAGCCUUUGGUCGAGUGUCCAGUCCUCCUAAUGCAAUGAUGUCAUCAAGAAUGGGUCCCUCCCAGAAUCCUAUGAUGCAGCACCCUCACACCGCACCUAUGUAUCAGUCCUCGGAAAUGAAAGGCUGGCCAUCAGGAAACCUGGCCAGGAACAGCUCCUUCCCCCAGCAGCAGUUUGCCCACCAGGGGAAUCCUGCAGCAUAUAGUAUGGUGCACAUGAAUGGCAGCAGUGGUCCCAUGGGACAGAUGAACAUGAACUCCAUGCCCAUGUCUGGCAUGCCCAUGGGCCCUGAGCAGAAAUACUGCUGACAUCUCCACACCAGGACUUCUGAAGAAAUCACUGUACAAAUGACACUGUACUAGGAUUAUCGGGAGUAAAAAAUCAUUAUUCUAGGCACCUAGCUUUGAAGAAAGGACCAGCUUUGAUCUUCAUCAAGGGUAUUCCAAGUGAUGUCAUUUGAAUAGGACUGGAUUUUAAGCUGAAGUGCGAUAUUCUCCCCCCCUCCCCAAUGUAUCAUGGUGUUCAAAACAAAUAGUCUUGGCAUUCUGCUUCUUAGGGAGUUGGUUCUGGAGGUAACGGAGUGUUAUUGAUCACAAAACACUCCUUUGGCCCUUCUGUCUGCCUGGCUAUUCAGUACAGGAUGUUGGAGAAAUCAGGAGACAUGAGAACAUCUGGUUUCUCUAGUUGCAGUACUGGAGGAAGAGCAAGUGCCAGCCUUCAUUUGUUUUUGUCACUACCAGGUAGUUCUGUUCCGUAGGGUUGGCAUUUCUGAAUUCUCUUUUAAUGAUAGUGUUGAGUUGCUCCAACCCUAUUCUUGGUUGUCCUAGUCUUUAGUUUUUAUUUGCUCCUAACGUUUUGUCAUACUUCACCUCCAGGAAUUCUCCUUGAUGUCAAAUGGCCUUGUAGAAGGGGAAAUGAGAUGACAGUAUUUAAUUGCAGCAGUAGCAACUUUUCACAUGCUAACGUGCCGCUGAGUGCACUUUAUUUAAAAAAUAGUGGAUAAAUGCAAUAUUCUUGAGGUCUUGAGGAAUGGUGAAUCACAUUCCUGGUUUUUGUCUAACCUGUUGGAUAAGAACUAUGAUUUUGUUGUUGUUGAAAGUACUGGUGUCACCGUUUGCCUAUAUGGUAGAGCAAUAACGCUUUUUGAAAAUAAACUGCAGAAAACCCAAGGCCAGGUACUGCAUUCUGAAUCAGAAUUUCGCAGUCUUUCUGUGAAUAGAUUUUCUUUUGUAAAUAUGACCUUUAAGAUAUUAUAUCAUGUAAAAUAUGUAUAUACUUUUUUUUGUAGGUCACAACAGCUCAUUUUUACAGAGUUUGUGAAGCUAAAUAUUUAACAUAGUUGAUUUCAGUAAGCUCAGCGUGGUGAGGUUACAAAUAGAAGAGACAUCCCUGAAUUUUUUGGCCUGGGGAACAGGACAGCGAUCCAAAGCUUUUCCUGCUCUCCAGCCUUAGAUGCCUCGCUCUUUUCAGUCUAUUAAUCUAAAAGCUUUUUAAAGAGAUCAUUUGUUUAGAUGUAGGCAUUUACAUUUUUUUUUUUAAAUUCUUCUACCAGAACUAAGCACUUUGUUAAUUUUGGGGGAAAGAAUAGACAUGGGAAAAUAAACGUUUUUUAAAAAGGUAUCAAGAAUUUAAAAAUAUUAAGCAAUUUGAUUUAAAGUGGUCCAUAAAUAAAACAAUAGCAAUUCA